UUCCCCCCUUGGCAUCGCUGCAUAAAAGCCUGUGCUACAGUAUCAUGCUCUGUGCUGGUGUUGAAUGAGUAAAUGCCUGUGGCUGGACAGUCCAGAGGAAGGGCUACAUCAUGUUCUCAGCUGGCUGAUCUCCUUAAUGCAAGCCUUUAAAAAUUUCCCUGGAUAUUAAUCUGAUGUGAUUUUGGCCACAAGAAAGACAAAGAAAAUCAAGAAGUGAAAAAGGCAAGUCCCUCGGCCACAAUGAGCUCUGAACACGAAGAAAUUGGUGUUGCAAAAACUGUUGUCAACGGGCUAAUCUCAAGCAGCAAUGGACAAGAAAAAGAAAAAGCUGUUGACGUCCCUUUAUGUACACGCUCUAUUUCUGCCGUUAAAAUAAUCCCUGUGAAGAAAGUGAAAAGUUCUCCUCACCUAGUGCUGCCUACAGAAACAGAUCCCAGCAAAGUCUGUAGCGGAAAAGGAGCUGUGACCCUCCGGGCAUCUCCAGCCUAUGAAGAAAAUCAGAAUAUCUCUUCACCAUGUCCUCAGGAUGUUGAGCAACCUGAAAGUCUGGAGCCAGAAAACCCAGAAACAGAUGACUGCAGAUUGUCGUCUAACACUGAUGCCAAUGGGGAUGCCCAGCCGUCUUCUCUGGCUGCCAAGGGUUAUAGGAGUGUGCGUCCAAACCUUUCCUCAGACAACAAGCCACAGGCCCUUGCUCCUCCCCGUCCUCCUCUCCCCAAAGAGGAAAGCUUUGCAUGGCGUCCUCGCACUGACACUAAAGCGUCCAACCUGUUGCCAGUGCCCAUCAUGGACUGCGUGUACCUGAAUUUACCCAAGCCUUAUACGCAGCGUGCAUCACCAAAUGCCAGUGCACGGUGUUAUUUCUCGUCACCUACCCCCUAUGGGACAGUCCCCAGUGGGAAGCAAGGCUUGCAAGCAGAGCAGCCCCCCUCUUUGAGCCCCAGAGACAAGGUGCAUGCUGGGCAGCCGCUCUUGGGAAGUUGCUCUGUGUUGUCAGAUGCAUCAUCCAUACAACACAACCCUGCUAGGGCAGAUCCUAGUAGUAAGGCUGGAAUGAAUUCCAGUCAUGAGACGAAAGCGGAUAAAAAGGUCAGCAGACUAUAUGUAGCUUGUUUAUCUAACAGCACUUGCUCAGCUGCAUCUGAAAAUUCCACUGGCACCGCACAUGACCCAGCAGCCAGCACCAGUUUGGGCGCUGAGCUCACUCAAGCACCAGCCACCGACAUUGUUUCCUCUGUAACAGAUACUGGAAAAUCUCUUCCUCCUCCUCCUCCUCCUAUUCCUCCCAGGCCGUAUUUUCACAUUGUCCUCAGUAAAGACGCACUUAGUUUUGGUGCGGGCCAUCCCUCCUGGACUCAGUCGUCACCUUCGCAAGCUUUGAGGGACAAAGUGGUAGAGCCCCAGAGCACAGCUGCCAGAGAGGACAGGAUGAAAAAAGAGCCUUACCUUACUCAGCAGCGGCAGCCACCAUACAAGGCAAUGGGACGCAGCAUGGAUGCCACUGCCAGCACCACUGCUCAGCCUGGGGUUAUAGUAGUCCCCCUCCUCCAGGUUAACCCAGACAGACAGCAAGAAGGCAGCUCCAGCACUCCACCACCGCCUCUGGUUCCUUUUGGGCAAGGCUCCGUGUUCCCCGAGACUGUUUCUCCCGGCUCACCCUUGACUUUUCCGACUCUAGACGAUUUCAUUCCCCCACACCUCCAGAGGGGUCCCCACCAUAACCAAGCACCCUCCGUAUCUGGCACAUUACCCCCUGUUUACCCAAAACUGCCAUCCUUCUCAUCACCACCUUCACUUGUCCCUCCAGUCACGGGGGCUUUGCACAGGGGCUUGAAGCCUGAAAUCGCUGGAGUCAUCUCAUGUACAGACCCUGGUCCUGUGCUAGAUGAAGUGCUGCAGCCUAGCACUGGCACUGACUAUCCAACCUCCUUCACGUCAAUCAACAAGCCUUCCUCUGCCUAUCCCUCUACCACAAUCGUCAAUCCCACCAUUGUCCUCUUGCAGCACAACCGAGAACAGCAAAAAAGGCUUAGUAGCCUGGCAGAUCCAGUGCCGGACAGACUAGUUCCUGAUAAAGUAGAUUCGGCACUCACACAGGACAAGCCAGUUCAGGAGACAGCUCCAAGCGAGAAAAGAACAAUGGAGGAGAAGAGAAGAACUGUCAAGAGCCCUCAGCACAUGGCUGAUACCUCCGUUGAUGAUAUUGGCAUUCCACUCAGGAAUACAGAGAGAUCGAAGGACUGGUACAAGACAAUGUUCAAACAGAUCCACAAGCUAAACAGAGACACUCCUGAAGAAAAUCCUUAUUGCCCUACGUACGUAUUUCCUGAACUUCCUGAAAUCCAGCAAAAACCUGAAGAAGACAAUCCUUAUUCUCCUACAUACCAGUUUCCUGCGUCCACUCCUAGUCCUAUCUCUGAAGAUGAAGAUUCUGAUUCAUAUUCUCCUCGUUAUUCCUAUUCUGAGGACACAAGAACCCAGCCUUCAGUUCCCCGCUCCAGGAGUGAGAUGGACAAUAUCGACUCAGAGAAGGUUGUUAAGAGGUCUGCUACUUUGCCACUGCCAACCCGUACUUCAUCGCUGAAAUCAAGCCCAGAAAGGAAUGACUGGGAGCCUCCCGACAAGAAGGUGAACACUAGAAAAUAUCGUGCAGAGCCCAGGAGCAUUUAUGACUAUCAGCCAGGAAAGUCCUCGGUUCUGAACAAUGAAAAGAUGACUCGGGAUAUAAGCCCAGAAGAGAUAGAUUUAAAGAAUGAACCUUGGUAUAAAUUCUUUUCGGAAUUGGAGUUUGGGAAACCGACUGAUCUAGAAAAAGACCUCUACCUCUACCAGACUGAGUUAGAGGCAGAUUUAGAAAAAAUGGAGAAGCUUUAUAAAGCACCAGAUAAAAAGCUACAGAAGAAUACAGCAGGUGUUACUCCUUUGGAAACUUCCACAGACCAUUCUUCCUACUACCACGCAGUGAAGAGAGAAUCAGAAUUUGCACCGGGGGACCCUGCUGGCUUGGAGAAUGAAAGGCAGAUUUACAAGAGUGUGCUGGAAGGUGGAGAUAUCCCACUGCAGGGGCUAAGUGGUCUUAAGCGACCUUCUAGCUCCGCUUCCACAAAAGUAGAUUCAGAAUCACCAAGGCAUUUUGCACCAGUUGAUUACAUGGAAACUCCAGAAGAAAUUAUCCGCAGACGUCAUGAUGAUAAAGAGAAACUUUUAGAGGACCAGAGACGGCUUAAACGUGAGCAAGAAGAAGCUGAUAUUGCAGCUAGAAGGCACACAGGGGUUAUUCCAACGCACCAUCAGUUUAUCACUAAUGAGCGAUUUGGGGACCUCCUAAAUAUAGACGAUACAGCAAAGAGGAAAUCUGGGUCAGAGAUGAGACCUGCGAGAGCCAAGUUUGACUUUAAGGCACAGACGCUAAAGGAGCUUCCUCUGCAAAAAGGAGAUAUUGUUUACAUUUACAAGCAGAUUGACCAGAACUGGUAUGAAGGCGAACACCAUGGCAGAGUUGGCAUCUUCCCACGAUCAUACAUAGAGCUACUUCCACCAGCUGAGAAAGCUCAGCCCAAAAAGUCAGCACCAUUGCAGGUAUUGGAAUAUGGAGAUGCUGUUGCUAAGUUCAAUUUCAACGGGGAUACCCAAGUGGAAAUGUCCUUCAGAAAGGGUGAAAGAAUCACAUUGAUUCGACGUGUGGAUGAGAAUUGGUAUGAAGGAAAAAUCUCCGGCACCAGUCGCCAGGGCAUCUUCCCGGUCACUUAUGUGGAAGUGCUCAAACGGCCUGUGGUCAAGAAUGCGAUUGAUUAUCCUGACCCACCAAUGUCCCUCUCCCCUAACCGCAGCAUGACGGCUUCCCCACAGCCUUCCCACCAUUCAUUGAGAGCUGGACCAGAUCUCACAGAGUCUGAAAAGAGCUAUGUGCAACCUCAAGCACAGCAGCAAGGAGCCAGCCCUGACAGAAGUCAAACACCACGAGACAUAGUUAGCUACCAAGCCCUCUACAGCUACACUCCUCAGAACGAUGAUGAGCUGGAACUGAGGGACGGUGAUAUUGUCGAUGUCAUGGAGAAAUGUGAUGACGGCUGGUUUGUGGGUACAUCCAGGAGAACAAGACAGUUCGGCACCUUCCCAGGCAACUACGUGAAACUUCUGUACCUGUAAAAAAGCAGUGAUCCCACAGUGACAAGGAUGGAGUUGUUUCCAGAGUGUUUUUUUGAAUAGCAAAGGAACAGACAAUUUAUGAAUGUAAUAGACAAGAGACGAGAGUGUUAGGAGGAUGUGGUUAUGUGGUACAGUACUGAGUUAAAUGUGUAGCCCUACUUCCACUGAUUCAGGGUGUGAUUUGUUCGAUGAAGAAGAGACAAAGUUUCUAGUUUACAGUGCUGCCUUUGUGUAUUCCUCUCCCCUCCCCAGUAAGAGUUCUGGUGAUAAUCUUAAUUCAUAUGGAGUAUUUACCUCUGAGAAGGCUUCAGGGAAGCACAUGGUAUAGGUUUUGUUUGUGUGCUGAGAUACAAUAGUGCGUUGGGCAGUAUGCGGUGUUGCAGCUGCUGCCUUUCCCUGACAAGGUUCGAGAGGCCAAGCUUUCUGCCUAACGAAGAUUCGUUUAAUUCUGCCUUCCACUUUCACGGAAAACUCUUCCUUCAUGUCAUGCACCUUAAGACCCAGCACAGGGAGAAGAAAGCUGAUGUGGUUAAACCGCAGAGCUCUGUGUGAAAAAGGAGUUUGGGAUUGGUAGCUGAAUCCAGAGAAGUCAGCCAGAACAUAACACAAGUACGAAAAUUGCCCAAACCCUUUAGUACUCCUUAUUUCUGCAGGGUUUUCUUUUUUUCUUUCGUGCAGGGGGUGUGUGUGUGUGAGUGUAUUGUGUGCAUCAAAACAGUGAUGUUUUGCAAAGAGAGAUUGGCCUAGCUUUGACGUUUAUCUGCACAAAGAGUAGAACCAAUAAACAAAACAUCCGUGAGAGCAAAUCCUGUUUAUAAGUCCUACGGCCGUUCACUUUCCCUGCUCCUCCUGCCCCGUUGCUGGCCCUACAUGAUCACACGCGUUUUGAAGCAUACUGUAUGGGAUGAAGACUUCGCUUCCUUCCUGGCGUUGUAUCUUAGAGGCUCUGAUAGACCCGAGCCAUGUAUCACUGAGGGUGCCUUUUGUUUUUUUUGGUUACAGUGUUGAUGGUAGGUCUCAAAUAAAUAUAUGCAUUUUGGCUGCCUCUUAGUCAAACAAGAAAGCCUAAUCAAUUUGGAAAGCUGUGUUUCCACAGUUAUUACCAGCUACAUAUAUUUGUAUUUCCUUGAGGAAAAAGAAGAGGCUUGCCUGUAUGCUUGCCUAUAAAUCCAGUACAAGUACUCUUUUGAUAGAUGUUUUAUUACUAAGAAAAAAGCAUAAACAAAACCAGUUCCAUCAGACUCUGCUUCCUACAGUUACCAUACAAAUAGCAAAGGGUUAGAUUGCUAUUUUGUCAUAAGCCGUAUUUAAUAAUAUAAAAUGCCUAUUUUUAUGCUGAUGCUUUUAUACAGAUUUAUUAAGUGUAACUGCAACUAACUGUUAGCACGACUUGCAAUACGUUUUGAUAAAUUAGCCAUUCUCCUGGGUUUAAAAUCAAACAGGCUUGUCUUCUGCCUACGUCAGCGGAAGAGAAGACUCAGUGUCUCAGAAGUUUGACUGUAAAUAUGUAUAUUUAACUUUGUACAGACAAUGUACUUACCUUGUAUAGAAAAAUAAUUUAAACACGUUAAGUGAAGGGAGGAGGAAAAAAAGGCAGUUAUGAAAGGUUGGGAUUUUUUCCCCUUUUAUUUAAAUGAUGGAAUUCCAUGUAUGUUCACAUGAAGAGUUUUAACACAAAAUAUCCACUAUGAAAGGUUACAAAUAUGACACAAAGCACCAUUGUUUCUUUUCCGCAGGAGAUAACUUUAAUCCUGCUUCUUACUUAUGGGUUUGUUUUUCUGCUUUGGGUUUGCCCUCCAGCUAUCUGCAGCAAUAUUUAGGCCUGUUGCUAAGAUUGGAUAAGACCAAAUUUAAUCUAUCCAGCAAAGUAACAUGAUGAUACUGACUGUAUAUAACCUACUCAUUUAAAGGUUUAUUUUUUGUUCUUGCUCUUGCCAUUUUUAGUUAUACACACACACACACACACACUCACUCACUCACACACACUCACACAAAUCACAACUUAUUUUUGUGUUGAGUUUUGUUUCUUAUUGCAGUGGAUUACCAUUUGACAAUUAAUAAAUGGAAGUAUUGAAUUCCUAUUGUGUUCCUUGUACAAAUUAUUAAAUAAAGUCUAUUCCCGCUG